AUUAAAAAAGACUGCUGCGGUAUGCAAAGUCCAUUUGGAAAACUAGAACUCCGGUAAUUGGGUAGUUCUGAGUCGAGAAUCUUCCUCGGUGAUAAAAGCCAAUAAAUAAAUCCAUCUAUCACAUAAAUCCAGAGUUUGCUGCUGGAAUUAAGGGAGCUUUGCAGACUUGCGUUUAUUUCUUCAGCGCCAGUCUCUUUGCAAAUCAGAACUCACGAGUUCUUUCAGAGAAGUUUAUUUUUUUACACCGUCUAUGAAAGUAUUCGGCACAUGCUGAUUUUAAAAAUAUCUCAGUAACGUUUUGAAGAACCUCAAACGGUUUGCAUCAAAGGUCCAGAAACGGAGACAAGGCACUCCGUGUGAAACCAAGACCCCGCUGUUUAAUCUCGGGACGUGGGAUUUCGCUUGAAAGUGUCUUCAGUUGCAGAUUAUUAAAAAUAAAUAUCCGGAUUGCAGCAACGAACUAUGCCAGAAGAAAGCAUGUCAGCGCAGACCGGCGGACUGCUGUCCCUCUCCCUACUGUUGUCACUGUUGGUAAAAGGGAGCCUGGCGUUUUCGGUGCCCAGAACUUGCGAGGCUAACGGCAGCGUGUAUUAUCUGGGCGAAUGGUACUAUCUGGACUCGGAUCACUGCAUUCAGUGUGAGUGCACGGUCGGCGGACCGGUGUGUGGCCGCGCCGACUGCCCGGCCCUGCCACCGCCUUGCAUACAUGUCAGCUACUACCCGAACGACUGCUGUCCUCGCUGUGAAAGGAUCGGCUGCGAACACCGGGGCCAUGUCUAUGAGCUCGGGCAGCAGUUCCAGCCAUCAGAGUGUGAACAGUGCACCUGUGAUGCAGAUGGGAUAGCACGUUGUCUGGUGGCUGACUGUGCUCCACCCCCCUGUGUUAAUCCAACCUAUGAAAAUGGAAAGUGCUGCCCAGUGUGCAAAGAUGGUCCAAAUUGUUACAGCAGCUUCACCAAAAGUCAAGUGAUCCCAGGAGGGACCACCGUGUGGGUUGACAAGUGCACCUACUGCCACUGCCAUGAUGGUCAGGAUGCUGGAUACUGGGAAGGCAAUCGGGUCGCCAAGUGUGUGAAGGUUCAUCACUGCACUCUCAGUGAUGAUCACAGUCAACAGCCAUGAGGUUGUAGCAGACUUUCACAGUACAUCUCCAGAGCAAAUUGCUCAGCAGGCUAUUUGGAUGUCAGAAAUGCAGUGAGUCUAUUAUGGUAUAGCUUUGAAAUAGAUAGCAAUGCAUAGCAAUAAUCUUUCUUCAUUACAACACUUCUACCUAUUACACCAUUUCUUUAGACUAAAUGCUUUUUAAAAUGCUAUUUUUCAACAUGUGUAUGGCACAUCACACUAGUGAUAAUGGAGGAAGAAGAAAAAUUUUUAUUGACUAAGCGGUUAAGAACAAAUCUUAAGCAUAGAAAACAUUGGAAACAACUUUAUGUGUUCCUUAGAAGAAGGCUGGUACAUUGGAAAGCUUGACAAUAGCAAACUUGUAUAUUUAUGAUUAGCUUUGCAAUCAGAAACUCUUCAGGAAUUUUUACUUAAAUUUGUAUAGGUUUAAGUAGAAUGAUAGUCAGCAAUAAUUUUGCCUGGUUAGAAAAUGUGGGCAAAGCUGGACCAAAAGAAAAUGAGAAACAUAUUUAAGCCAUUUGGUCUAUGUCUACUCUAUCAUUCAAUAAGAUAUUGGCUUCUCUUUCAUCUUAACUGCUGUUUUCCGGAUUCUCUUAAUAUUCUAGAAUUAAUUAAAUAUACUUAAGGAGUUGACUUUCACUGUCCUUUCGAAUAGAGAAUUCCAUAAAUUCACCAACGUCUUAGUUACAACAUCAAAAUAAAUAAUGGAUUGGUCAAACUUAAUUUUCCCUUUCAUAAAUCCUCAUGGACUUCGCAAAUUCUAUUAUUAUUUUCCAAGUGCCCUGCUAAUAAUUGAUUCUAGAAUUUUUCUGCUACUUGCUACAUUAACUGUUUUAUGUUUCCCUAUUUUCUUUCUUCUCCUUUCUCAAAUGCAUGGGUUAUAUUUGUCCCCUUCCAAACUAGGAAAUGUUCUAAAAUCUAUGGGAUUUGGGAAGAUGACAACUGCUGUUUCCGUUAGGUACCUCUUUAAAAACCUUGGGAUGUUGGCUAGGAGAUUCUGUUGAUUUACUAGCAUACAGUUCUAUUAUAUUUCCCAAUAUCUUUUUUUUUCCCUCUAAUGGCAUUUUCUUUUAGCUUCUGACUCUCUUGACCUACUGAACUCCACUGUUUCCGGAAUGUUUUCUGAAUCUUCUGUGAAGGCAGACACAACAUGCUUAAUUUCCCUGCCAUUUCCUUAUUCCCCAAAGUAUUUUUUUCAGGUUCAGUCUGUAAGGCAUACAUAUUAACUUGUUCUAAUCUGUUCCAUCAUAUCCAUUAUAAUUAAUGCUCUAAAUUUUUCCCUUCUCUUUGCUUACAGUACUGUGGCCACCCUGUAGCUGAAAUCUGAAAUGUUCUCAAUCAGCAGGCAUUUUCUCUCUUAAGCAACAUUAUAAAGUUUUCCAUUGAUCAAUUACUGCCUUUCACUUAAUAAAGAAACUUAAAAUGCUAGAAAUAAUCAGCAGGCUUAGCAAUCUCUGUGGAGAGAUAAAUUGAGUCUAAAUUUGUCACUUAAGGAUAGGGAGGAGGGUGUGAACCUAUUAUCACUUGACUUACAUGGGCUCGUAGAGAGCUGAGUUUGAGCAAAGCUGGUAUUGAUGGAGGAAGAUAUUAUCGUUGGAUUGAAUCUCGGAUGGAGACUAAAAAGAUUAUCAGUGUUAUUUUUUUCUUAUGACUAUUAAGCAUUUUUACAUUAUUGCCAAAUCUUGAUUUUAGCACUAAUUGUAGUCAGUUACCUUGCAGAUCCUUUGAGAAUUCUCCAAAUAGUUGUUGUAAAAUAAAUGUUUUUAUUAUUUUUGUACAAAGGACAAACAAGAAUGUCAGUUUCCAGAGAUAAUUCAGCUUCUGAUUCAUUGUCUUUUGCAAGUUUCCAGCGAUUGAGUUAGUCACAGCUCUGGAACGUCCAUGGGAGAGGGUGGUGGAGAUUUAAGAGUGAUUCGCUGAUUUUAUUAAUGUCAUUGGUCUUUCUUUGCUGGAUAACAGGGGCUUGGGGCUCAAAUAGUAAGUUUCAAUUUUGUGCUGUCAGCAGCCAUUCUUAAUAACAAUAUACCAUUUAAACCAUCUUGGAACUUCUUUAGCACCCCACUCCAAAGUGUGAAGGGAGAGACCUAAACAGAGUGUUCUUGCUUAAAUUCUGAGAGUUGAAGUUGAUUGUAAUUUGUUGUUUGUCUGUUAUGUUAAAACCUACACUAUAUUCUGAGAAUACUUAUUAAAUAAGAUGAUAGCCAAAGGGUUUACAAAGUGUGCUCAUUGGUUUCACUUCUUGCUGGUAAUGUUAUUUGAGGAGUUCUAGUUAAUACAUCAUUGUACAUUUUUGAUUGAUGGUUUUACAACAUGCCUGAUUAGUUCUUUGUUAGGUUCCCUGUUCAGCUGGAGUUUUGUUUUGCUCUUUUAUGCAUGACUUUUGAAUCAACAGGGUUUUUUUUUCUCUCUGUUUGAUGCUGUCAGUCAACUUGUUGGAAUUAAAACUGAUCUCUGCAGUUGAUUUGGAAACAUUGUUGGCUAUUAGUUUCAACAGUGCUGGCACUAACAGCAGCAAAUAAAUAACACAUAACUAAAUAGCAAUAAAAAUAAAUAGAAAAAGUGAAUCUCAUGCUGUUUGAAGUCUUGGGAGAGAAUGGUUUCCAAUCUCGUGGAUGCUACAAUAGCAUAGCAGUUAGCAAGAUGCUAUUACAGCUGAAGAUGUGGAAGUUCAGAGAUCAAUCAUGGCGUCCUUGGAAUUUGUAUGUCCUUUCCGUGGAAUGCAUGGGUAUUUCCCAAAGUCCAAAGACGGUUAAGGAAGGUUAAUUGUUCAGUGUAAUUUGUUCCAUGAUUCGGCUAGGGUUAAAUCAGGGGCUGGUGGUGCAGAUUGAAGUGCUGAAAGGGAUUAUUCCUUGCUUUAUCACUGAAUAACAUUAGAAAAUAAAAUAAAUAAAUAAAAUCUCCAAUUUAAAAUUAUCUAUUUUCACGAGAAUUCCAUAUUUACAUAUAUUCCAACAAUUCACAAAGUACUGUAAACAACCCAAAAAAAAGUAUUUGUAAUUUGUUAAUGUGCACCAUGGAAUUUUUGGAUGUAAAGUUUUGAGUUUACUAUUUUGGUUAUAAACUAAGAACAUCACAAUUGUAACCACACUCUGUGUUCACUGUUACAUGGUAAUGUAUAUGGGACAUUUUUUCCUGAAGAUCUCUUCCAUUCAAAACCUGUACCUCUACAAAGUAAGUUUAGUUCUUUUAAUUUUUGCCAUAAUUUGUUACAAAAUUUCAAUUAUUGGUUCUAGUAUCUGUGCCUUCCAACUCAACUAAUACAAUAGUGAUUCCAGAGAGAAGUGAAGUUUGUACAAAGAAAAUGUACAUUCAUAACCAUGUAGAUGUAUUGACCACCUUCAGUCUGUAGCUCAUUUUUUGAAUAUGCUCAUGCUAUUAUUUGCUCUCUGUUAAAUAUCACUGUUUAGACCAAUAACAUGCUUGAUUAGUUUAAAAACAAGUCAAAACUAACUGUCUACAUUUGACACAGUCAAUCUACUAGCCAGAUGUUGGGAUUAAAUUUUCAUUUAUAAAGUCAGUUAUUAGAAUGACCUCUUCGAAUCUUUCCAGUAUUUAGUGUUCACUUCCAAUCUACAGUAGAUAGUUUCUUUAAAAAUGUUAAUGUUGCAUUAAUUAAAUUUCAUUUCUGUUUUUGCAGACAUUGAAUUAUAUUGGUAUAAAUUCACUGCCUUGUAAUAAAAGCCAAGUACUGAU